AUGGCCGCGGAUGUCUCAUCAUUCCCACCUCUGACGUCAUCCGUUGUCAUGGCAGACAAUCCGCUUCUGAUGAAUGAACGACAACCAACUGCGACGGAGAUUUUGAGCGAAGAAAGUUCAACUGCUAGAGAGAGGUUUUUAAUCUUUUAUAGGAAAAUAUACAAAAACGUACUUGGUGUUAAGGGAGACUUCGGAUAACGGGGAAUGGACGGUUGUCAAAAACAAACACCCCGUUUUUCUGAACGAAGUCGUCGUUGUGGUGCUUUCCGAUGAGAAUAAGAAGAAGAAAGAUGAGAAAACAAGCAGCAUUGUCGAGUGAGUUUUGAAGAAAUAAGUUAGAUCUGAAAGUUGGCCAUUGAAGAGUUGCCGAGUGUUGGAGUGACGUGGAAAUUGAUGAAGAGGAAGAGAGAAGAAAGGAGAAGAAGCGGCAGCAGCGACAGAAGCAAAGAGCGGCAAAAGUGGCCAGAAAGAAUGAGGAAAGAGAGAGGAACGCGGAGAUUGCUCAAAGUUCCGCCGAACAAGGUAUACAAUUAUUUUGUGGGAAACUACUAGAGAAAUCUAUUUUUACUAAUUCAGCCGUGAAUCAGGACGAAACCAGUAGUAGCUCGAGUGAAGUGAAGCCGGAGAAUCCAGAUCUUUUGCAACCUGGAUAUGUCGAAAGCACUUACUCGUCCACUCAAAAGGAAGAAGCCGGCAAUGAAAAGGAAGAAGAAGAGCCAGUUCUGAACUCGUCAGGAAAGAGGAAAUACUCUGACAACGACAUCAUCAAAGAAGAAGAGGAAGAAGAAGAAGACGACGACGAUCCGAGUGAGCCAAAGGAAAAGAUGUUCAUAGAUUCUCGAGAACACGCAAAGAUCAUGUUUCGAAUUCUGUGGUUCGACAACAAGAAGAAGCUGGAGAAGGUCAGUUCUCAAAUGGGAGUGACGGCCAGAAUAUGUGCUCUUUUUGCCAAAAACAACUUUGUUUGGAAUGCUUUAUUCACUCAUAGACCCCAAUUACUUGGGGAAGGAUGGCUCUGGAUCCGGAUCCCCAAACACAUUGUUGUUGGCUCUUCCUGUUGUGAUUUUCCAGGCGACCAGCGCUCCUUUUAAACCAGCAAAACUGGUCGAGAUCUUUGGGCGAAGUGGCCGAAAUGCAUAACCACUGUGAAAAACCAAAAUUUGAUGUGAAUUUAAGACGAUUUCGCGGAAAACGAAGGAGUGUUCAAGUGUUCAAAUUCAAGAGCUCAGAAAUACCAAAUUCAUAGAAACUUCAAAUACCGAAUGAUUUCAGCUCUACAUCGACGAAGAGACCAGAGAAAGUCUGCAAGGACUGAUUGACAUGGUCCGAGUGAUGAAGGACCGAGUGGAUAUGGCAGGCAGAAUGAUUGUUUACCGAGUUGGUCGCCCCAAAAUCUCUGAUCACAUCGAGGAGAACAUUGUGAAGGUGGCCCGAAACUUGAUCGACGUGACACGACGUACUGAAAUCUUAUCUUUCAACUGACUAGUACGUCAGAAAAUUGUUUCAGACAUGAUGAAUAGUGACAUGGCAAUGGCAAAGACCGUUUGCGAGUUCGUUGGGAAAACAACAAAGAGCCUGACUUACAUGAGUGAGUUUAUCGCUUUGAAAUUCACUGUCUAAUCUCAUUUUCUUUUCCAGACUACGUGUUCAGCAUUCUGACACUGCCAGAAGAUUUCUUCCCGAAACUGAAAGCAGACGAUCCUCGAAUCAUUGCCUACAAGCACAUUACCACGUUGACGCAACUGCACAUGAAACGUGUUGAGAAGAUCUACGAGCGAAUCGGCGACUUCUAUGAUUUCAAGAUCGAAAAGGUCAAGAAGGGUCAUCGUCGUCGUUAG